CCGAGAUGUUCAUGUCAUGUCUGUCUGUCUGUCUGUCUGUCUGUCGGUCGUUAGUGCAUUGACGAUUUCGACCACGCUGCGGUACAGUGAACCUGUAGACAGUCGGCAAUACUGUAUCAGCGCUGCUGCUGGAUUAUUGUAUUAGCUACUUUCGUAAACUGGCUAACACCUAUCAGUUACGUUAUUAGCAUCUGCGCCUCAGUUUAUCUGCGCCAGGUUAGGAAGCUAGCUUUGACUUGACAGGUGUCGUGACCGUUGAUUAGUUGACUUUAACGCUAACUGGGGCUAGCUAGAAAGCGGUUAAUGCUAUGCCAUGAAAAUAAUAAGUCUCGAGUCAGAAGUUUCGGGCUGCUAAACACAGCUCUGGGGAUCAUUGUGUGAUGUUCCCCUGGCUCACGUUAGCAGUGUGUGUGGCCGCAGUGCUCCGCUUGUUUUUCUGGUCCCGCAAGCAGCUAUCGAUAGUGUUAGCAGCCUGUUCGUGUCGCCCGGCCAUGGAACAGCAGGACGGUGCUGCCAAGAAUAACCCCGUUGUGGCGGCGUUGCACUCGCGCUUCAUCGUGGGAUCCGUGUCGGAGGAGAACUCUGAGGAUGAGAUCGCCGGGAAGCCUGGCUUGCAGCUGGAGGAGAGGGAGACUCGCUCCUUGUCGCCGUCAUCCUCCGAUAGCUCCAGCAGCACCUAUGAAAUGGGAUUCGACCACAUUGACAACCCCUUGCACAAUCUGAGGCCAAGUAUGUCAGGGUUGCACCUGGUGAAGCAAGGCAGAGAUCGCCGGCGUAUCGAUCUCCAGAGAGACUUCACUGUGGCCUCUCCCGCUGAGUUUGUCACCCGCUUUGGUGGCAACAAGGUUAUCGAGAAGGUGCUCAUCGCCAACAAUGGCAUCGCAGCGGUCAAAUGCAUGCGCUCCAUCCGCCGCUGGUCCUAUGAGAUGUUUCGCAAUGAAAGGGCAAUCCGCUUUGUUGUAAUGGUGACCCCAGAGGACCUGAAGGCCAAUGCAGAGUACAUCAAAAUGGCAGAUCAUUACGUGCCUGUGCCAGGAGGGACUAAUAAUAACAACUAUGCCAACGUUGAGCUCAUUCUGGACAUUGCUAAACGCAUACCUGUUCAGGCCGUGUGGGCUGGGUGGGGUCACGCCUCGGAGAACCCCAAACUCCCAGAACUGCUUCACAAGAAUGGCAUUGCUUUCAUGGGUCCCCCAAGUCAGGCUAUGUGGGCUCUGGGAGACAAGAUUGCCUCGUCCAUCGUGGCUCAGACUGCUGGCAUUCCAACCCUGCCCUGGAGCGGCGCAGGCCUCACAGUAGAAUGGACAGAGAGCAACCAAAAAAACAAAACUAUCAAUGUUCCUACUGACGUGUAUGAGCUUGCUUGCAUCCAGGAUGUGGAGGAUGGCCUGAAGGCUUCGGAGAAGGUCGGCUACCCCGUCAUGGUGAAGGCCUCAGAGGGAGGCGGAGGGAAAGGCAUCCGUAAAGUCAACUCUGCUGAUGAUUUCCCGAAUCUCUUCAGACAGGUCCAGGCAGAAGUCCCAGGAUCACCUAUUUUCGUCAUGCAGCUAGCCAAGCACGCCCGCCACCUGGAGGUCCAGAUCUUGGCUGAUCAGUAUGGCAAUGCCAUUUCCCUAUUUGGUAGAGACUGCUCUGUGCAGCGACGGCACCAGAAAAUCAUAGAGGAGGCUCCUGCCACCAUCUCCACCUCUGAUGUGUUUGAGGAUAUGGAAAGGUGUGCAGUGAAGCUGGCUAAGAUGGUGGGAUACGUCAGUGCAGGUACAGUGGAGUACCUCUACAGCCAGGAUGGCAGCUUCUACUUCCUGGAGCUCAACCCUCGUCUGCAGGUGGAACACCCCUGCACUGAGAUGGUGGCCGACGUCAACUUGCCGGCCGCCCAGCUGCAGAUUGCUAUGGGUAUACCUCUUCAAAGGAUCAAAGACAUCAGGAUGCUUUAUGGGGUCCAGCCCUGGGGAGACUCUCCCAUUGACUUUGAGGGCCUGUCGACAGCCCCCUCCCCGCGGGGCCAUGUCAUCGCAGCACGCAUCACCAGUGAAAACCCUGAUGAGGGUUUCAAGCCGAGCUCCGGCACAGUGCAAGAGCUGAAUUUCCGCAGCAAUAAGAACGUGUGGGGCUACUUCAGCGUUGCGGCGGCUGGAGGGCUGCAUGAGUUCGCAGACUCCCAGUUUGGACACUGUUUCUCUUGGGGAGAGAAUCGGGAAGAAGCCAUCUCCAACAUGGUGGUGGCUCUGAAGGAGUUGUCCAUCAGAGGAGACUUCAGGACCACAGUGGAAUACCUCAUUAAGCUGCUGGAGACUGAAAGCUUUCAGCACAACACCAUAGACACCGGCUGGCUGGACAGGCUCAUCUCAGAGAAGAUGCAGGCGGAGCGUCCCGAUACCAUGCUGGGAAUUGUGAGCGGUGCUCUUCAUGUGGCUGAUGUCAAUCUAAGGAACAGUGUGUCCAACUUUCUGCAUUCUCUGGAAAGGGGCCAGGUGCUGCCAGCGCACACACUUCUCAACACUGUGGACGUGGAGCUGAUCUACGAAGGUACUAAGUACGUCCUGACCGUGACCCGCCAGUGUCCCAACUCCUACGUGGUCAUCAUGAACCACUCCUCUGCUGAGGUGGACGUCCAUCGGCUCAGUGACGGAGGUCUUUUGCUGUCUUAUGAUGGAAGCAGCUACACCACCUACAUGAAGGAAGAGGUGGACAGGUAUCGCAUCACAAUUGGGAACAAGACUUGUGUUUUUGAAAGAGAGAAUGAUCCUUCGCUGCUGCGAUCUCCUUCAGCGGGAAAGCUCAUCCAGUACACAGUCGAGGAUGGCGGGCACGUGUUUUCUGGCCAGUGCUAUGCUGAGAUAGAGGUGAUGAAGAUGGUGAUGACCCUAACAGCUAUGGAGUCUGGGUGUAUUCACUUUGUGAAGAGGGCCGGAGCAGCUCUGGAGCCUGGCUGUGUCAUUGCCAAGCUGCAACUGGAUGACCCAAGCAGAGUGCAACAGGCAGAGCUGCACACUGGGCCUCUACCUGUUAUCCAGGCAGUAGCCCUGAGAGGGGAGAAGCUACACAGAGUCUUCCACAACACACUGGAUCAUCUUGUUCACAUAAUGAACGGCUACUGUCUCCCUGAGCCCUUCUUCAGCGCAAAGCUGAAAGACUGUGUGGAGAGGUUGAUGAAAAACAUGCGCGAUCCCUCUCUGCCGCUGUUGGAGCUUCAAGACAUCAUGACCAGUGUGUCAGGUCGCAUCCCCCCUGCUGUGGAGAAGUCCAUCAAGAAGGAGAUGGCUCAGUACGCCAGCAACAUCACCUCUGUGCUCUGCCAGUUUCCCAGCCAGCAGAUUGCAAACAUCCUGGACAGCCAUGCUGCUACUCUGAACAAGAAGUCCGAGAGAGAAGUCUUCUUUAUGAACACGCAAAGCAUCGUUCAGCUGGUGCAGAAGUAUCGCAGCGGCAUCAGAGGUCACAUGAAGGCUGUGGUGAUGGACUUGCUCAGACAGUACCUGAAAGUAGAGAUUCAGUUUCAGAAUGGACACUAUGACAAGUGUGUGUUCGCGCUGCGUGAGGAAAACAAGGGCGACAUGGCAAACGUGCUCAACUAUAUCUUCUCCCAUGCUCAAGUCACCAAGAAGAACCUGCUGGUUACUAUGCUGAUUGAUCAGCUGUGUGGCCGUGAUCCCACACUGACAGAUGAACUGAUGGCCAUCUUGACUGAACUCACCCAGCUCAGCAAGACGACCAACGCCAAGGUGGCACUGCGAGCCCGGCAGGUGUUGAUAGCUUCCCACCUCCCCUCCUAUGAGCUACGACACAACCAGGUGGAGUCCAUCUUCCUCUCUGCCAUUGAUAUGUACGGACACCAAUUCUGCAUCGAGAACCUGCAGAAACUGAUCCUUUCAGAAACAUCCAUUUUUGACGUUCUGCCCAACUUCUUCUACCACAGUAAUCAGGUCGUCAGGAUGGCUGCCCUUGAGGUGUACGUUCGCAGAGCUUACAUCGCCUAUGAGCUCAACAGCGUCCAGCAUCGACAACUGAGGGACCACACGUGCAUAGUCGAGUUCCAGUUCAUGCUUCCCACCUCGCACCCCAACAGAGGGAACAUCCCCACUCUAAACAGGAGAAUGUCUGCUCCGAUCCUGGACAUUGCAAGAGCAGCGGAGACUAGAUUACAGGCAACUAAACUCAAGGACCUUAAAGAUAGUAAAUCUAAGGAUGAUAAUGCUGAAAAGACAGAGGCCUCCGAUUCAGAAUCUGUGGACAGGAUGUCAUUCUCGUCCAACCUGAACCACUACGGCAUGGUGCACGUAGCCAGCAUCAGCGACGUUCUGCUUGACGCGUCCUUUACGCCGCCUUGUCAGCGCAUGGGAGCCAUGGUCGCUUUCCGCUCAUUCCAGGAGUUCACCAGGAACAUAAACGACGUGCUGAGCUGCUUCUCUGACUCUCCUCCGCCAAGUCCAACCUUCCCAGAGGGAGGCAGUCCUGUCCUGUAUGGCGAAGAGGACAACAAGAGUGUCCUGGACGAGCCUAUCCAUAUCCUGAAUGUGGCCAUAAAGACGGACAGCGACAUUGAUGACGACGGCCUGGCAGCUGUAUUCAGAGAGUUUACUCACUCAAAGAAAUCUAUGCUGUUUGAACACGGCAUCCGUAGGCUGACUUUCCUUGUGGCCCAGAAGGAUUUCAGGAAGCAAGUCAACUGUGAGGUGGACCAAAGGUUUCAUAGAGAAUUCCCUAAGUUUUUCACAUUCCGUGCCAGAGACAAGUUUGAGGAGGACAGGAUCUAUCGCCAUUUGGAGCCGGCACUAGCGUUCCAGUUGGAGCUCAACCGUAUGCGCAAUUUUGCCCUGUCUGCCAUCCCGUGCGCCAACCACAAGAUGCACUUGUACCUGGGUGCAGCCCGCGUGGAGGUGGGCACAGAGGUUACGGACUACCGUUUCUUUGUGCGAGCCAUCAUCCGCCACUCUGAUCUGGUCACAAAGGAGGCCUCUUUUGAAUACCUUCACAAUGAGGCAGAGCGCCUGCUGCUGGAAGCCAUGGAUGAGCUCGAGGUGGCUUUCAACAACACGACUGUACGAACUGACUGCAACCAUAUCUUCCUCAACUUUGUCCCCACAGUCAUCAUGGACCCGUCUAAGAUUGAAGAGUCUGUGCGCUCCAUGGUGAUGCGUUACGGCAGCCGUCUGUGGAAGCUGCGUGUCCUGCAGGCUGAACUGAAAAUUAACAUCCGCCUGACUCCAACAGGAAAGCAAAUCCCCAUCCGCCUCUUCCUCACCAAUGAGUCAGGCUACUACCUGGACAUCAGCCUGUACAAGGAGGUCACUGAUGCUCGAACGGGACAGGUGGGGCCCAAAGACCGACAGAUCAUGUUCCAAGCAUAUGGAGACAAGCAAGGUCCGCUGCAUGGCAUGCUCAUCAACACCCCCUACGUGACCAAGGACCUGCUGCAGUCGAAGCGCUUCCAGGCGCAGUCUCUGGGCACCACCUAUGUCUAUGACUUUCCAGAAAUGUUCAGACAGGCUCUGAAAAAGCUGUGGCACUCUUACCAGGCCAUUGCCCACUUACCCAAAUGCCCCCUUCCCUCUGAGCUGCUCACCUUCACAGAGCUGGUCCUCGACGCACAAGGUCAGCUGGUGCAGAUGAACAGACUGCCCGGGGGCAACGAGAUUGGCAUGGUGGCGUGGCGGAUGACUCUGCGCACGCCAGAAUAUCCAGCAGGCCGUGAGAUCAUCGUCAUAAGUAACGACAUCACACACAAUAUAGGCUCAUUUGGGCCCCAGGAGGACAUUUUGUUCCUGCGGGCCUCAGAGAUGGCACGGGAGAGCAGCAUCCCGCGGAUCUACAUCGCAGCCAACAGUGGCGCUCGCAUCGGGCUGGCAGAGGAAAUCCGACACAUGUUCCACGUGGCCUGGCAGGAUACAGCUGACCCUUAUAAGGGAUUCAAGUAUCUCUACCUCACACCUCAGGAUUACAAGAAAGUCUCAGCCCUGAACUCUGUGCAUUGUGAACAUGUGGAGGAUGAGGGAGAAUCCAGGUACAAGAUCACUGACAUCAUUGGAAAAGAUGAAGGGUUGGGUGUGGAGAAUCUGAAAGGGUCAGGAAUGAUUGCUGGAGAAUCCUCUCUGGCUUAUGAGGAGAUCAUCACCAUGAACCUGGUCACAUGCAGAGCCAUAGGGAUUGGGGCCUAUCUGGUGAGGCUUGGACAGAGAACCAUUCAAGUGGACAACUCUCACAUUAUCCUUACUGGAGCGGCGGCACUCAACAAGGUGCUGGGAAGAGAAGUGUACACAUCGAACAACCAACUUGGCGGCAUUCAAAUCAUGCACAACAACGGUGUGACCCACAGUACUGUUUGUGAUGACUUUGAGGGAGUCUUCGCGCUUCUGGAGUGGCUAUCCUACAUGCCCAUGUCUAAAUCUAGUCCAGUGCCAAUCCUCAAUGCCAAGGAUCCCAUAGAUCGGCUGGUGGACUUUGUGCCUACAAAGGCUCCGUAUGACCCUCGCUGGAUGCUAGCAGGACGUCCCAGCCAGACUCCAAAGGGUUCCUGGCAGACUGGCUUUUUUGACCAGGGCUCCUUCAUGGAGAUCAUGCAGCCCUGGGCUCAGAGUGUGGUGGUGGGCCGAGCCAGACUGGGCGGGAUACCGACGGGGGUGGUCGCCGUGGAAACCAGGUCAGUGGAGCUGUCGAUCCCAGCCGAUCCGGCCAAUUUGGACUCUGAUGCAAAGAUCAUCCAGCAGGCGGGACAGGUGUGGUUCCCAGAUUCUGCUUUCAAAACAGCCCAAGCCAUAAAGGACUUUAACAGAGAGGGUCUGCCUCUUAUAGUGUUUGCCAACUGGAGGGGCUUUUCUGGGGGAAUGAAAGAUAUGUACGACCAGGUGCUGAAGUUUGGGGCCUACAUUGUGGACGGGCUGAGGGAGUACAAGCAGCCGGUGCUGGUUUAUAUUCCACCCCAUGCUGAGCUGAGGGGAGGAUCCUGGGUGGUUAUAGAUCCCACCAUCAACCCGCGUCACAUGGAGAUGUACGCUGACAAGGACAGCCGUGGUGGUGUUUUGGAGCCUGAAGGAACAGUGGAGAUCAAAUUCAGGAGGAAGGACCUGGUAAAGACCAUGAGAAGAGUGGAUCCAAUCUACACAAGCUUGGCUGAAAAACUGGGAACGCCAGAGCUGAGUCCCCCUGAUCGUAAAGAGCUGGAGACCAAACUGAAGCAGCGCGAGGAGUUCCUCCUGCCAAUCUACCACCAGGUGGCUGUGCAGUUUGCAGACCUCCACGACACCCCAGGUCGCAUGCAAGAGAAGGGCGUCAUAACGGAUAUCCUUGAUUGGCAAACGUCCCGUCAGUUCUUCUACUGGCGCCUGCGGCGUCUGCUGCUGGAGGACACUGUGAUGAGGAAGAUCCAAGCGGCCAACAACGAGCUGACAAACGGCCAGAUCCAGGCAAUGCUGCGCCGCUGGUUUGUGGAGGCCGAGGGGGCCGUCAAGGCCUAUCUGUGGGAUGACAAUGAAGAGGUGGUGGUAUGGCUGGAGAGGCAGCUAGCUGAAGAAGAGGGCGCACGGUCCAUCGUCGACGAGAACAUCAAGUACAUCUGCCGAGAUCACAUCCUCAAGCAGAUACGCAGCCUCGUCCAAGCCAAUCCAGAGGUUGCCAUGGAUUCUAUCGUGCACAUGACCCAGCACAUAUCGCCCACACAGAGAGCUGAGGUGGUGCGCAUCCUGUCCACAAUGGAGACGUCGGCCUCCUCCUAGUGGGAGCCCGGCCUCUCCUCCCCCCUGCCUGGCUGAAGAUCAGCUCAGGCCGCAGCCGCAGCCAAAUGGGAGCCCGGCUCAGCCAGACCUGCUCCUGACCCGAGACCGGGGCUGGAAACCGAGGCUGGAGGAAGCCAACAUGAUGGGCCUUGGCAGCUGCCAGGUUACUGAUGAAUCGUUGGCUAUGAUUCUCACUCAGCAAGAGUUCAGAUGACAGACGUCAAUUAUGACAUUUUUGUAAAUUGUCUUGUGAAUCUGUAUAAUUUGCAUUCAAGUGCAAUUGAAAAAUGUCGCAGGAAAUAUCUUUUGACUAAUAUGUAAUAAUUUGUUUGGGGUUUACACAGUUGGCCCAAGUGGAUGUAGAUGCUUCCAUGAUACAACAAUACAUUUAGAAUGUUUUGUCAUAUUAAAAUGCACCAUGGUUUGUGACAUAUGCUUGUUAAGAUUCACAAGUGUUUUGAUGACCAAGUCGACAAUGACAACACAUUGCUAGGGGCAUUAGCUCGAAAGGGGGUUUGCCGCUCCUAAGUAGGGAGCACUUAGUUACUGAACAAAGACGGGGAACACUACAACAGAGCUGGACAGGAGAGCCCAGCAGGAAGCGGGGGACGAGGUCCCUUUUAGACCCCGACUGUUUCACAGUUACCCUGCAGCGAGCGACGGGCAGCUCGCCUCACAAUAAAACCACAGCUGUCCCUUCUGUUCGCGCAGUACACGCAUGCUGCUCUAGAUGCACUUUACUGCUUACGGUUCCCACACACAUUUGCACCCAGAAUCAAACCUGCAGUUUUAACUGGUGCAUCUUGCAUACAUCCAUACACAUAAAGUCUUACAAAAAGUAAUGAAUACAGAGAUGAUAAUCGCUCAAAUGAGCAUUAAUAACUGUACGACGAGUGGAUAAUAGCGUUCUUGUUUCGAAAGAAAAGUCUGUUCUCCCUUGGGUUACUUUUUUUCCGGGACAAAAAAAGUCCAAGUAGUUGCUCCUAAAACAAUUUAUUUAAUUUUUUUUUUUUAACUACAGAAAUAUUUUUGAAUUUGUGCUAAUUGGAUUUCUAAAUCAUUAAAUGUUUGUGAAAAAACAAAGGCUACUGUUUACUGGAUUUACAUGUUCUAUAAAAUGUGGUGUCUAAUUUUCACUGUAAUCCACACUAACUGUUCUAUUUAAAGGUUCCGUAUGUAUAUGAAAUGUGACUUGUUUUUAAUAUUAAUUCUUUGGAAAACUGUUGCAUAUUAUUGCAUAUUACCUCUCUACUUGAGUUUGUUACAAAUAGACAGGCAGACUGGGCCAACUGUAUGAGACCAGAGAACAUAUACUAUUCAGAAAAUGGCACCAUGAUGUUGAUUUCAAUACUUUAGGUCAGCAUGUCGUACGCUCUGCAGGAAAUGCAACGUCAGCAAUGUGAAACGGCUCUGUGUUCAGUGCUGUGCCUUUUUAUGUGACUGUGUUGACAUGUAUUCCAGUUGCUUUAUAAGUAACUGGUUGUUUCCUAUUCAAGGAUGGAGAACAAUUGACAGUGAUGAGCUCUAACUGUGUCUGCAAAUUUAAUAAAGCUUACCCAACUUA